AAUAAACUCGAUAUUAUUUUCGUUCAAAUUAUUAUCACGUAAUAAUAGUCAUGCGUAUGAGGAACACCAAAUAUCUCAGCACUGUCCAACUUUACACCUGCAAUGUGCGCCCAUGCGAUUAAUGUUUAAGUUUUAUGCGAAAAUAUAUUAAUAAGUUGUGCUUCCGCUGUGUCUCAAUAACCGAAGCCAAGUGCAUUUGGCUGGUCCGCGAGAAAGCCGAACUCAAUAUUCUCCUGUUCGGCGUACUUCAAUCGUCCGUACUCAGGCGCCAAAGCGUGCCGGAAAACUCGGUCGGCUUGCGUUGCUGUCACGAAGCCGUGGGCAUGAGUGUUUUACCGGAAACAUUGAUGGAACUCGUCGGAAACGUCACCAGCCAAACGUUUCUCGACGAUUUAUUGAAACUUUCGUAUACCGUCGCGGCCGUGUCCGGUCAAUCUGCGAUACGCAUGAUGGAAUCCGACGGUGUACGGAAACUGGUCGACACGUUAAAACCGAAUUUUCUCUGGAUGCCAUUGGUGUCAUUCGAACGUUUUACCUUAUGCGAAUUCGUGAUCAUGCUGUUGAAUCGGAUGUUUUCAGUGUGGAGCUCGCAGUCGAGUGCGAGUGGUGAUGCUACUAAUUUCAUACUGCAACCACCACGGGUCGGUCGCAACACUCUGGAGACCGUACUUUGCAAUAUAAAAAUCGAAACCGAGAGAAACAACGAGAACAGUAUGAAAUUGAGAAACGAUUUUUGCUACAUGCUCGGCGAGAUCGUGGACAACUGUUCGAUCGACAAAGACGAAUAUUCCGUCGACAUCGUUACGGACAUAGUCAUGUUGUGCGUUUGGCCGGAAAUCAUACACAUCUCACAUUGGUUGGAAGACGUUCCAUUUGAUCCGGUCACUGAAAAUUUUAUUCUCAAAAGUAUUAUGUUAGAUAUAGCAAACAAAGUGUUUAUUAAUUUAUCUUCAGAUAUCAAGUAUCAACAACUCAACACGUUUUUGAUAAAAGAAUUUAUAACGUUAUUGAAUGUCGAGUAUUCAAAAGAUAUUUAUGGCGAUAAUUUACAUAACAUUCUAAACCGAUUGCUGUUAAAUUUACCGUAUUUAUUGCUGAACUCCAUCGACAGUUCGAUAAAAACCGAAUGCUGCACUGAAUUACUGGCUUUCGUUAAGUCAUUGAAGAAUCAAAAAAGAUUUUCCUGCACCAUGGUCAACGCAAUAAUUUGCAUAGGAAUAGUUUCAAAUGACGAUUACGAUAUACUUCGAAAGUUUAAGACCCUCAAAGCAGACGUAUUGAUCAAUUCUGUCAUAUUGGAUACGUUGAAAAUCCAAGAAUACGAUUAUCAAGACAUUAGCCUGUACGGACUGAAUACGUUGAACGUGUUUUACCGAGAGAACCAGCAGAAUCCCGAAGGUCAACCGAUGGUAUUUGACACGGUAACGAGGAUGCUCGAACUUUACUCUGUCGAGAACGUCGACUGGAACAUCAAUCAAAAUAUUCUAUUGGAUCUGUUGCAUUUCAUCAAAAACGCUAUAAUUCGUUACAACGACCAAGUCGAACUGUUUAUCAAAGCCAAAGGAAUAGAACACAUACUGAACGCCUUAAUCAUUUCCAAAUAUCCCAUACAGCUCGUGAUACUGACGACACUUGUGGAUUUGGCCUCAUUCAAAUCAGCCAAAUGUCACAUCAAGAAAUGGAAAUCCGCCAAGACGGGAAAGGGCUACCUGGAAUCGGUGUGCGAGAUUUGGAGACGCGAAACAGUCCGGUUUAACUUCAUAGACGACGAGUUCGUGUUCCAGGAGCAGCGAGAUGCCACCACGGCGGCCAACUUGGCCAGCCUCUGCAGCCCGACGGUGGAGUCCAUGUUCAUGUGCGCCCAGCCGAAGAUUUAUCUGCUCGUGCAACUGGUCGAGUUCGCAGGGUCGGAAGACGACCGGUCGCACUGCAGAGACGAGCCCGACCACGACAUCGAAGAGAGCACGAUUCGGGCCUGCAGUCUGGUGCCCGGUCUGGAGGACAAGGCCACAGUGGCGCACAUUUAUCACUAUUAUUCGCUGAAACUCGGAGAGAUCUGGCACGAGAACGACAUGGUCGCCAGGGCCGGUGACGUCGAAGGCGUGGAGUUGACGCCCGCCAUAUCGCAGUCCGUCGACGUCAUGGCGGCCCGGCACUCGUACUUGACCUCCCUGAUCACGAUGAUCAAAAGUCGUGUCACAGACCUACACGCGGGGGAGUCGGAAAUUGAACUAGAAAAAAAACUUUACGAAGAAAUAAGACAUUAUAAUAAUUCAAAAGCUCACAUUAAUAUCAGUAGUGUGACACAAAAUCCACACAAGACUUGUAAUGAAAAUAAUAUUUCUGUGACCUAUUAAAUUUAUAAAUCGUGCAUUAGUCGACCAAUUAUAAAUAAUA